AUGGCUGGCCGCAACUUCAAUCAACUCUUCCCUCCCAAGCCUACAUUUACUGAACAUGAGUUACCGGACCAGACAGGCAGAGUCUACUUCGUCACAGGUGGGGUCUCUGGCAUUGGACUUGAGCUCUGCAAAAUUCUGUACGGCGCAAAUGCAACCAUCUACAUCGCCACGCGAUCGGCCUCGAAAAUCAUAGCCGCAAUCGCGCAGCUCAAGUCUUUACACCCGUCCAGCAAAGGGCGUCUCGAAUCAUUGGUCCUCGACCUGUCCGAUCUAACAACUAUCAAGCCUGCGGUAGAGGUAUUCCUUGCCAAGGAGCCGAGGUUAGACGUCUUGGUGCAUAAUGCCGGCGUGAUGAUGCCCCCGCAAGACCGCAGGAGUGCCCAAGGGCAUGAACUGCAAAUGGGCACCAACGCACUAGGACCUUUCCUCUUAACGAGAUGCCUGGAAGAGAGACUCCGUAUGACCGCUGGUCUAGAAGGCGUACCGAAGGGCAGCGUGAGAGUGGUUUGGGUCGCAAGUAUGAUCUCGCUAGGAGCUCCCAAGGGCGGCGUUGUCUGGGACAACGAGAGGGAAGCAUCCAAAGAGCUGGGUGAUUCCAUGGCCGAUUACAUGCAAAGCAAAGUUGGCUGCGUCUUCUUGGCAGAGCAAUUUUCCAAAAGACCAGACAAUAGUCAAGUCAUUUCCGUUAGUGUCAACCCUGGGCUGGUCAAGACAGAGCUGCAGAGACAUGCCCCAGCAGCGAUGAGUGCGGUAAUGGGCCUGGUCUUCAAAGGCCCAAAAUAUGGUGCUUACAAUGGUGGCCCUGACAACGAGGCGUUGCUGAUGCAAUUCGCGUUCCAAUGUCUUGUCAAAUUCAACGAACAUGUUGGAACCGAGCUGUCUUUCCCCGUCCAAAAGGCGACUGGUGUCAUCGAUGCCAUGUUAAAGAUUCAUAAGACAUCAAAAAUGGGCGUGGUUGUCGAUGAGGGCGAGCUGGUUCGCGCUCUGCGGGGGCUACCAGAAUCUGGCUCAAUCGCAGCCUAUGUGAAAGAGCAGAACGCUGGAGUUCUCAUCACCAAGACUGACUUUGCACUUCAUAUUGAAAGCUUCGAGCUAUCGCCCACCAAUGAAGCUGUCACCACCACGAUCGGGCGACUGCGCAGGAGCUUUCCGGGAACCGCGGUUACUCUUAGUCUUGACAAAGCUCGUGAGCCGGGCUUUUUUGACACUCUAGCAGCAACAAUCGCCAAGAUGAGUACCCAGCCAGCUCCCGAAACUCGACCUCGCGUCAAGAAGGCCGGAAAUUUACAAGACGAGAAUCGAGAUACCACUCAUCCAAAGAUGGUCACUGAGCUUCUGACCGCAUUCUUACUGGCUAUUGGACAGCCGCUUGAGGGCACAAGAAUCUGGAAGAAUACCCGGGACGAAGUGCUCUGGAAGAAUUGCUACCUACCGUGGCGCCGAUCGCCUCUCUGGAUUCUCAUACGCGUCGUUCUCCAUCUGGUUUUCUUUCGAUCUUCGCAACACUCCAUCGCCCAUCGUGACAUCUACAAGAGGUUCAUGGCGUUUCUCAUGGGAAACAUUCUUCAACACGCAAUCGAUGUCGGUCUUCGAUCUGACAUUUUUUUCACAAUGACCGCCAAACUAUCCAGACGCAUGGUCAAACUGGGCUCAGAGAUAACUGAUCCUGCCCUUGACGAUGUUCGCCAGCGUAUGUGUUGCGCCAACGAAACCUUACGAAGAAGAUGGAUCGACAUACAACAAAAGGACUCGCCUGAUCUCAGCGAAGAGCUUUUCCGUCUGAAGACUUUGGACUUCACAGGAGACACGAUGACGCAGCUCCCGGAACUCGAUUCUUUCAUUGCCUCCCUCGCCAAUCGUGUCAAAUUGUCAAGCGUGGGCCAGUUCUGCCCGUCGUGGGUCUUGCAAAAGUACCAAUCCGACGACUUGCCCGGAUUUUCGGCUGCUGAUAAUGAGCAUCUCUUCCUCAACCUUCUGUCCUUCGAAGGUUGGGUCGCGGACCAUCUCUCGAAAUGGGUUCAGCUGCAACUUGAGAACAACUGCUCGGCUGCUUGCGGCCAAUUACGAGGGCUUAUCAAGGCCUACCAUGGAGCUGCUAGAAGCCUUUACGAUGGAGACCCAGAAUUGACUUCGGUCAUGUUGCUUACCAUCCUUGAGCUUUGGAUUGCUUGCGACAAGAUCGCUCUGAAGCUGCAUCCAUUGCUUGAAGAAUACGAUCCUGGAGUUCCUCUGAGGCUAUUCCAGAGUUUGCUACUGCCUCCCAGAAGAGCCAUGGAACGACUCUUUUGCGCAGAGUUGUAUUUGACUGACCGAUCUAAAGCCUGUGGGCCAGACACUCCCACCACCAACAUUUACAGCGCUUACGGAACCACGAACUGCUUUUCUGUGCGAAGCUUCGACCUAUCGGCGGCACAUCAACAACUGUUAAGAAAGAUUGAGAUCGAAGCACAAGAAGCCCACGACUUGAAGAUUCAGGAACUCGAUUCCAAGAAAAUGCAGUACAAUCAACUCAAGCAAAAGUACGAGAACAUGGAGUGUACCUAUGAGCGGCGGUAUGAUCCGCAACGGCAACGUCAUUACUCGGGUCACGCGAACAAGUGCAAAAGGUGCAUCACACAAAACAAGGCUCGCCAGAUGGAUAUCUCGAUAUUUGAGUGGCCUCUGCCACAAAAGAAGCUUGAAAAGAAGUCAGUAGUCUUCGAACUCGCUCUCCCGGAGGCCUUUGGUCAUUGGAGAGCAGCUAGUGCCUUUUUCCUUCUCGACGUCCUUGGAAUGGAGCACGCCUCUCCGCGACGACCUCAAUCGCAGUACUCCUUGGCAACGAACCAAGACCUGCGGCGAUUCUUUGACACACGAGUAGAUCAAACGCGGAUCGGCCUUGUUUCCGAGACGAAGCCAAACAAGGUGACGCACCGCAAAUCGAUUCCCAUCAGCACAGCGACUCAAUCGAUGGUAUGCUUGAACAAUGGGCUGCGCUACGCAUACUUCGACUGCGACAGGUCCUGUUUUGUGGACUCUUUUGAACUGCAGGAAACAGUGCCAAAGGCAUGUACUUACGAGCUUCCUCGAGCUUCGUCUGCGCUCCAAAUGUUUUUUUUUAGACCUUACUGGCAACCCAAUGGCCCCUCGCCGAAUACAGUCAUUGCCACUCAAUGCGAUUGCCCAGAUGGGAUGUCUGUGGAUGAGUACAAGGCUCUUGCAUCAAUUCCGCUCGGGCACAGGAUUCAGUGGCAGAAUAUCCUGCUGCAGCUCUUCUCCCCGACCAUUGAUUUUAAAAAGGGAGAAGUAGGACUUUUCGUUCUACAAUGUAUCUACCAGGCCGGCCCAGACAAUGGAACCGUGCUGAGGAGCGCCCAUGCAGUCGCGGAGGACGCCAACUUCGCCCCAAAGAUGCUAGCUGGAAUCGAAGAGUGUACCGGUCAUUUUGAAGAGAACUGGCAGUCUUCUACCGCAUUAGCAACGUUUAUCUCUGUGGUCUGUCGUCUCCUCACGCUCAACAAAGUACCCCAAAUCAGCAAGCAGCUUCUUGCCUACCUGUGCAGGGCCAGAGCAGUCACAUUUGGCUGGGCGAAUCAGUUGCGGGAAAAGGCUCGGGAAACCUUUGAUGACGAUGACGAAAAGACGAAGUUGCAACGAAGGGCGAUGGAGGUGUUCUUGGUUUGUUCGGAUACUUUCAACACCGAUCAAGCCUUCCAGCAGUCCAUUUUCGCUGACGACGAUAACGCAACGAUCUUUUUUCAGUGUUCUAUCGCCAUUCAGGAGCAUAGUCAAUCUCUCUCAGCUUCACUUGAAAAGCCCGUCCAAAACCUCUACAGUCGAUGGAAACGGGUGGCGCUAUCAUGCUACGGAUACUUAGCAGAUAGAACUGUGAUGCACGGGAGCAACGCUCUGGAUCGCGCAAUCCAGGCCUCGUGGGCAGCCUACGCGCCAACCGGUCAAUGGACAGUUUACUCCAACGAACACGACCAUUGGCUGUGCAGUCUUACGGAAUCAGAGCAACAUAUCCAUUACGGCUUGCUGACUGGCGAGCUCCUUGUGGAUGGUGUGCCUUUGGACCAUUUGCCUGGGGAAUAUUUGAGCCAUCUGGAUUAUCGAAGGCUCUUCGGACGAUUGUCAUUGGAAAUCAUGCCAACCUCAGUCCCCGGCAUGAAAUUUUCCUCUAAGUCGGCGUAUGCCGGACACGAUGUCCACUUGCUACUCAGCAUCCCCGACGCGGCCAGUCAUACCGAUCUUCUUGUGCAUGCAACGCAAGACCAGCGAGCAUUCGAUUUAAUACCGUCUCAUUAUCUGGCGGGUAAAUUACCUACGGCUUUCGUCGAGAACUACAUUCACUGGUACAACCACGAUGACGACACAAUCGAAUUCUGUGAUGGCCUUGCUCCUUGGUCACGAGGAGAAUCGAACUGGAAGUUAAGGAGACACAGAGAACAAAGACCAGGCUUCUGGGUUCUUUCAAGAAACGAUUCGUCGCUUCUUAAUGUCAACAGCAAAUCUGCGAAACUCAUUGGAAGCAUUCUGGCUCCUCUCGAGAAUCGGUUCUGGAUCCAUGCCACUUACCGAAACUCGAGACCAUCAAUCCUAAUCGAUCUUCAUCGGCCGGGCCUGCAGUUUAGCUUGACGCCAGGAGACUCGCUCAUCUCCUCAAGAGAAUAUCGUGGCAUGUCAGUUGACACAAGCCAGGCCAUUGGAACUUUGAUUGGCCUGAAGGACAAGUUGGUUUUGAAAGUCGACAGCCUUCCAGACCCGGCGCUUUCUGCAGAUCGGAAGGUCUUGGUCCUAGAAGGGGACGUAAAGUACAUUGGUACUUCAGACCAUAUCGAAGUGACCAUCAAAAAGGACUUUGGUCAGAAGGUUCAUGCGUAUGACGUUGACGACGGCCUUGGAAAAAUAGCCAGCAACGGGUCUUAUCAGAGCAAGCUCUUCCUCUGCUAUCUCCAUGCUCUGACAUCGUUCUGCAUACCGGAUCCAUUGACUGGGAGAACUGGUUCAGAAGAGGCAUUGGGAAUUCUUGACUCUGCUGCCAUGAAGUCGUUCGAAACUUUACCGCAAAACAGCGUCGACAUGCUCUGCACCAUCGCAAGUCUGACACCCGGACGAAGUUACUACCCUGAACACGAGCGCGUGAUGCAAACUGUAGACUGGUUGCCGCAUCUCAGCUUUCUCUCCCAACACGGUCUUUUCUACGAUCGGGUACGCUCGAUCUUGGAUGUUGCACGAACAACACGAUUCUUCCACCCGCAGUUAUACAUCGAGCCCCCAAAGCUGGAUCAUGUUGGAAACGAUCUGUACGAAAGGGAUCACAACCGCGCAUCCACAUUUCGUGUCUCUGGCUUCGGUGCCGAGGCCCACACGGUACUCGGCGAUAAGGAUUAUACGUCUAGAGAUCGAGAUCAAAACCACAAAAGCUGUAGAUCCUUUUCGAUGGCGCAUUUUGUGCUCAGUGGUCGGCAAAAUCUUUCCGAACCUCAGGUCUCUAGCCUGUCAGAGCAUCUCUGGAGCUUUCUAGCGGACAAGAUUCCCCGGGAUAAGUCUUCCAACAAGAAAACCUCCAGUGUUCGCUGUCAGGACUGCCACAAGCCAGCGGUAGAAAAUGAGAUCCAUUAUGAUGCCGACUUUCUAUUGGCAUCAUCUGAUUUCAUUACGGAGCAAUGGAUCACACUACACAAAGAUAUCAUCCCCGCAGUCAACAAAUUUAAGUUGAUGAUUUGGCUGGCUACGCUUGCUUUCGUGGAUGAGGCCGACAUGGACAUCAUUCAGACAUUGGCAUCGUUCCGGACGGCUACGCCGUUGGACGAAAUAUUACCUCCCGUUUGCCAGACUGGACAGGGUCAUUUCGACCUGGCCCUCGGCGCCUGUGUGGACCGAGAUGUUCUGAGCCGCAGUCUCCGUUGUCAUCUCAAGCCUUUCUAUCUCUGCCCCGAGGCGUCUAUAAGCCAAGAACCGUACGAGUCAGCUUUCGCAUUUGAAGACCGAACAUUGUCCUUACAUCAUUCAAAAGCGGAUGAGGCUGUUCGUAGUCUUGCAGCUUGCCUGAUUUCCCAAUGGCCUUGCAUGGUCCCGGAUAUACCAUCUGAUCACAGAAGCAGCUCGCAGUGGAACACAUAUCUCAAAUUGGAAAACAUUGGUCCGGCAAUCAGUGACCAUUUCCUGGGAUGGUACGACAAUUUGCAAUUCAAAAGCUAUCUGGAGGAGAUUUCUCAAGGACUUCCAUCUUUCACUACUACGCUGGACAUGCCCACACUGAAGUUAAGCACAAACCCGUGGGUGUAUUGCAGGAAGGCCACCUUCAUAAACGAGGAUGAUAUCUUCUCACAACCUCCACCGUCUGUCCCGAUAAUGGGCAGCCCCGCGCUAUGCUUAGGAAAUAUUCCCCGGUCAAAUCAGCAGGAUUGCCGUCUUCCAGCAUUGCUGCAGCGGCUGCAAGAUGCGGCGCAAGGGGUGUACGAGCAACGCUACGUGGAUGAUCUGCGUGCAAGUCUACACGCAAUGCACAGCGGAGACUCGAUUGGCCAUGGGCGGAAUACCACAGUCAUCACGAGAGAAAGACUCGUGAAAAAUUACCAGCAACUUCGCAAGGAGGUGAAGCUCCGCCAUGAAACCAUGAGACAUGCCAUCUUGGGUCUCGUGGCAGAAGAAAACGACUUGCCUUCUCGGUUGUUCAACUACUAUCAACGACCCCGUAUUUCUACAGCUUCAUUUCUCACAAGGCUGGGGAAGGACAACCGCAGGAGCACUCAUACUGAAUGGACCAAGUGUAUUACUGCGUACGGUGUGUCUAUGACGCAGCUUCAACGAGCGCAGCGAAUGUUGGCGUGCUGGGACGACACUGCCGCCUUAUUUAAUGAGCUCCAAAAUCCAGGCCAUACAAACUGGGACCCUCUGGACUAUCCCGAUACUCUGCUUUUGGAGAUCGAAAGUGGCAUCAUGGUCAGAGAGGUUCAGGAAGAGAUCGCAUCCCGGAUGAGAGAUCCUCCAAUGGGUAGAAAUGCCGUCAUGCAGCUAAAUAUGGGAGAAGGGAAGUCUUCCGUCAUCGUGCCAAUGACUGCUUCAUACCUCGCAGACGGGACUAGGAUCGUCCGAGGCAUCGUUGCUAAGCCCCAAUCAAAGCAAAUGCUGCAGAUGCUGGUCUCAAAGUUUGGCGGACUUCUGAAUCGCCGCGUCUUUCACCUGCCUUUCACCCGCUCCGUGAAAGUUGGACCCGAGGAGGCCGAGAUCAUCAAUUCUAUCUGCCGCGAAUGCAUGGAAUCAGGGGGCGUUCUGCUGGUCCAGCCAGCACACAUUUUGUCUUUACGACUGAUGGCCAUAGAAUGUGCCAUUGCCGGCAAGAUGGAUGUAAGCCGUUCUCUGCUCAAGACCAAGGACUUUCUGGACAAAUACUCGCGCGACAUCGUCGAUGAAAGCGACGAGAACUUCAGCGUCAAGUUUGAGUUGGUUUAUACGAUGGGAACACAACGAUCAAUUGAGCACAGCCCUGACCGAUGGGUUUGCGUACACGACGUGUUAGACGUCCUAAGAAAGCUGCUGCCAGCUAUACAGCGAGACGACACCACAGGGAUUGAAGUCUCCUCGCAAUGCCGUGGUGGCUUUCCCCGACUGCGUAUCCUGAAGGAAAGCACCAAAAAUAUGCUACUCAAUAACGUGGCCCGUCAUCUGAGUCAAGCUGGUUCCACGGGCCUGCCUAUGGCAACUCAGUCAAGCAGUGUUCAAAAGGCAGUCUUUAGCUACAUCUCCAAAUCGAACCUCAGUCAACUUGAGAUCGAUGCAGUUGAACGUUCAGGGCUGUGGGCUUCACCGACAAAGGAAACCUUACUUCUUCUGCGUGGGCUUCUGGGCCUAGGAGUUCUCAGUUUUGUCUUUUGUCAAAAGCGUUGGCGCGUAGACUACGGUCUAGAUGUCAAUAGACAUCCCAAAACAAGACUUGCGGUGCCGUAUCGAGCCAAAGACAGCCCAGCCGCCAGGUCGGAAUUCAGCCACCCCGAAGUGAUAAUCGCUCUUACUUCGCUCAGUUAUUACUAUGGUGGCUUGACAGAUGAAGAGCUGUUUCUCAGUUUCCGUCACAUUGUGCGGUCCGACCAAGCCGACAUGGAGUACCGUGUGUGGGUGAUGGACAGCGAUGAUCUGCCUUUAGCAUUCCAUCAGCUCUCGGGUGUCAACCUGGAAGAUGGAGCUCAGUGUGUCAAGAAAGUAUUUCCGAGCCUUCGAUACGCCAAGGGUGUUGUGGACUAUUUCCUCGCCCAUAUUGUCUUUCCCAAAGAACUGAAAGAAUUCCCUUUCAAGUUGUCAGCUUCUGGAUGGGACAUUGGCGAGGAAAAGUCGAAAACAACGACUGGCUUCAGCGGCACCAACGACUCGAAGGCAUUUCUGCCUCUAGCGGUUUCGCAACUGGAAGAUCCCAGUCAGCAGCAUACGAACGCUCUGGUUCUGGAAUAUCUUCUUCGAGAUGAGAACUCCGUGGCUUUAAUGCCGAAGAGAACGAGUACGGUCCAAUCCGACGCUGAGGCGUUGUUGCAGCUGGUUACCAACUUGCAUCCACCCGUCCGUGUCAUUCUCGAUGUCGGUGCACAGAUUCUUGAGCUCGACAACAUUGGUGUCGCACAACGAUGGCUCGAAAUCACACGACAUGACGAAAGGACUCAAGCCGUUGUGUUUUGUGAUGAAGAUGAUCAGAUCUGCGUGGUGGACCGACAAGGCCGUGUAGAGACCUUUCACACGUCGCCAUUUGCGAGCCAGAGUGAUGUUUGCCUGGUCUUUUUAGACGAAGCGCACACCAGAGGGACGGAUCUAAAGCUCCCUGGAAACUACCGAGCUGCUGUGACUCUGGGAGCAAGUUUGACCAAGGACAGAUUGGUUCAGGCGUGUAUGCGAAUGCGAAAAUUGGGAAAGGGACAAUCAGUGGUUUUCUGCGUCCCGGACGAGAUACAACAGAAGAUCUUCUCGCAGUCAACGAUCCGGACCGGUAGCCAAAUUUCCGCGAUUAGUGUAUUGGACAUUCUCGAAUGGGCUAUUUCCGAAACCAUGGUUGACUUACGACGAGGCAUUUGUCUCUGGGCAAACCAAGGUAGACGCUUUGAACACCACAAAAUGCUGUGGUCGGGAGCAUCAGCCGGUGUUUCCACCAACUUGACCCGAGAACACGCUCUGAAGUUUCUCGAGGAAGAGGCCCAAACCUUGAAUAAGAGGUAUCGUCCUACGGUUCAAAGAGUUGGCGGAUCCUUAUGUCCACCAGAAAGGAUGAAUGUUGAUGUUGAUGCAAUUACCGCCCGAGUCCUCGAGUUCGGAGAUAUGAAACCUGGCACAGCUACGUUCCGGGAAGAGCAAGAGCGAGAGCUAUCGCCCGAGGUCGAACAAGAGCGCGAGAUUCAAAGACCACCGCCUGCGAAGCCGGCAGCUCAUGCUCUGCACACAGACAUUCAAACCUUCGUAUCCUACGGCAUGCUGGUCAAGAAUUCCCCUGCUUACAUGCCUGCGUUCAUGGCACUUUCAGAAACAACAGCUGCGCAGGAUUUCGACGUUACUCAGUUUCGAGAAAGACUUCUUGUGACUGCAGACUUUGUUCGGACUGUCGAAAGGUCUGAGCAAGGCUAUGUAUCUGAUCUUUUCCAGAGGUCGGUGCAAUGGAUCCUCACGAAAGUUUCUGGAGCUGGAGUUGUUGAGAUUGCGAUCAUGAUUAGUCCCUAUGAAGCUCAGGAGCUUCUCCCGGACAUCACACAAUCGAAAAUGGUGUCGCUGCAUUUAUAUGCUCCUCGUCCCAACCUGGGGUAUAGGCCUCUCGACGCUCUUGACCUCUACACGGUUCCUCAUCAGCAGGUCCCUCGUUCUCUAUCUCUUCCGCUCACAACCGAGUUGAACUUGUUUUCGGGUCAAUUGUACUUCAAGUCUCUGGACGAGUACGGCGAAGUUCGCAGGUUUCUGGGGCUUAUCCCGGCCGAAGAUGUUGUUUCCAGCGAACUGUCCUCUGGCGCUUCUCCAGUGGCGGUUGCUGGCAUGGGUGACACAGAGGUCAUCCAUUUCGUCCGUGUUUUGAUGACCAAGAUCCGAAGGAACUGCGAAUCCAUCGACAAGACUCACAUUGGACGCGUUCUGGAUCACAGGUUGCUCAGUGCUGAGGAUUUUGUGUGA